GAAAAUCGAGUGACCUGAGGAGAAUUGGUGCUGAACCGGGUUCGGGUCUCGGUCGACCCGUACGGUCUAAAAAAAAAAAACAAAAAAUAAAUAAUAAAAAUUAAAAAAAUUAAUUGGUGAACGGUGCAGCAGAGAGAGGCUGAGGACCCAGGCUAGCCAGUAGCCACUCUUCGGCGGAGACGCUCCUCCGGUGGCAGCCUCCUCCUCUUUCUCCGGCGACCCGAGGCAAAGUCUCAUCUGGCGUGGCUGUAAGGUCGAAGAUGAUAGGUUCUGUGGGGUCAAAUACCGUCUGGAAAAUGACUCGAACACUUGCAAUGCAUCUCGCACCCGCAAUCAGUUCUGCCAGAAACUCGAACCCUCUUUCCAUCGCUCCUACGUUUUUGGGCCAGAGUAUCAGAAGCAUAAAUGUGAAAACCUUUUCGAUUCCAGACAACAAGCGUCUCGAAUUUUCGCUCCAGUACAUCCAUGGAAUUGGUCGCCGCAGGGCACACCAAAUCCUCUGUUCUCUCAGCAUAGAGAACAAACUGUCCAAAGAUUUGACUCCAAGGGAACGCUUCAUUCUUGGGGAAGAACUCGAUCGCUACAUGAUCGAUAGAGAACUUAAGCAGUUCAAUCAUCGUGCCAUAGAGAGGCUGAAGCAAAUACAGUGUUACAGAGGGAUACGACAUGAGCAGGGGCUGCCUUGCAGAGGACAACGCACCCAUACUAAUGCGAGGACCUUGAGGGGUAAGGCUAUUCCAAUAGAAGGAAAGAAGAAACCUGGUCGCUAGUCCAAUGGAUCUCUUCUCCCUUGUUGAAUGAAUUUUGUUCAUUGGAUGAUAUCAAUAUGCACUACAUAAACUUUGUGGAUUCGUCUAUUGGUUUUCAGAAGUCCUUAGUGGUGUAUAUCGAAUAUACAUUUUUCUUGAUGAUUUGCUUAUUAGUACGUUUUUUUCAACCA